AUGGUAGAGAAUAGAGGUCCUGAGGUGCAGGGUGUGGCUAUUCUCUUUCUUGUUCUAUCAUGGGUUUUCGUUCUUUUGAGAUGUUAUGUGAGGGGCUUUCUGCUUAGGAGUUUUGGAAUUGACGAUACACUUUGUGUGGUUGCUUUGAUUCUCUUUACAUUGUAUUGUGUUUUUGUCCUUUUAGGAGUCCAAUAUGGUACUGGUCAGCAUUUACUUGAUAUUGACCCAACCCACAUACCAAUAGCCCUAAAGUGGUGGUGGUGUUGUGAGCUCGCCUACAUCUCGUGUACAGCAGUCCUAAAAGCCAGUAUUUCAAUUUUCCUCAUGAGAAUAUGUGUGGAUAGACGCCAAAAACUUGCGAUCUGGAUCAUCAUAACCACCACUGUCGUCUUUACCGUCUUCUAUUUCUUCCUUGUUGUCUUUCAAUGCUCGCCUGUACCAUAUUUUUGGACGCAGUACCUUGGAGAGAAGGGAACCUGCGUUCCGGCAAACUGGAUUACAGAUAGCACUUAUGCUCACAGUGCCAUCUCUGCGGUUUCCGAUUGGACGCUUGGCAUUAUUCCUGUCUUUUUCUUGUGGAACCUCGAAAUGAAUCCUCGAACCAAGAUCUCAGUCGGCAUCAUUCUGAGUCUAGGAGCAAUUGGCUCAACAGCAACAAUAGUACGAAUUCCAUACAUCAAACAACUAGCACAAUCAGAUUUCCUCUGGUCAACAACAGACGUCGCCAUCUGGUCCACAGUCGAACCCGGAAUCGGUCUCACAGCCUCAGCAAUGGCAACACUCCGACCUCUCUUCCGCACCUUCUUCGCGCGCUCCCGCCUCUUCGGCUCCACAGAACCCCUCGACCCAUCCAAGCCCUCAAAAAUGAACACCUACCCUCUCAGUCCCCGCGAAAAUAGAAGCGGAUACAUACGAAGCGGUUCUGCGGCCGGCAUGAAUCGUGAAGCAGAACCAGAUUUGGAGAGAGCGUUACGGGGAGGGAAGGAGGUCGGGACGGUUACUACAGUGACGGGUGAUGCGGGGAAUGUCGUCGAGGAGAGUCCGAAGAAGAAAGGACGAAAGCUUUUUGGGAGUGGGAAGGGGAGACUGGAUAGUAAGAGUGGACUGGGGGAUAGUAGUGAGGAGUUUUUGCCUGUGAUGGGAGUGGAGAAGGAGAGGACUAUGUGGGUGAAGAAGACGACAGAGGUUAGGCGGGAUGAGAUUGGUGUUGGGGAUGGGGAUGGGACGAGGGGGAGACAGUGA